AUGUCGAGUGUGUCUAACUUACUUAAAAAUUCACGAGUGGCUCAACUAGCUAAAUCUCGAGUUAAAUUAAAUUCUGAUCAAUUUCGAGUUAAAUAUUCACCAACGCAUCAAAUUAUCGAGACAAAGCCUUCGAUGUUAUCGAAACAAGAAUGGGGUUUAAAGAGUAACAUACCAAAUAAAGUUAAAUCCAAAUAUAUUAUUCUUGAUGAAUUAGAUACUUUAGAAAGAAUGGCAGAGUUUGAACCUAUUGGAGGUACGCAAUGGACUCGAUUAAGAUUUCAAGAAAUGGGUAUUGCACCAGAAUUUCAACAAGGUCGUAACAAUCCAUUAUUUGCAUUUCCUGAAGUAAUUAAAGAAGAUAGGAUGUCGACUAGUAGUAAUUAUCAAAAUAAUUAUGGUACAAGUGACAAUAUUGGUGAUGAUCAAUUAAGAGAAUUAUGUAAUCAAUUAGGAGUUAAUGAAAAUACUAAAAAUAAUAUAUUAAGAAAGAAACUUUCAAUAAUUAAAGAAAAUCGCAAAGAUUUUAAAAAAUGGGCAAUGAAGAAAAAUAUUGAAGAACUUUAUCAUAAAAAAUUUAACUCGGAUGAAUUAAAGAGUAUAGCACGUAAAUAUCUUAAUGAACGAUUUAAUAUGAAUAAUGAAAAUACUAAAUUAAAAAAUUCUCAUAAAUUUAUUGGUACAGGUGGAUUAAGUUAUUCAUUAAAGGGUAGAUUAAGAAAUUCACCAAAUGGUAUAAUACAAAAGAGUAUCGUACCAGGGAGAUUAACAAAUCAUGGUAAACAAGAAAUGAAUACUGCAACAAUUGGUGGAUUUGUUGCGAAUGUAUCUGGUUAUGAAAAUAAGAGAAAUAGUUAUAAUAAAGGUGAUUUUAUUAGGGAGUCUGUAUAUCCAUUCCGUAUUGAACACAUAUCAUUAAAUAAUCGUGGUCAUGUUCAAAUUAAAGCAAAUGGUAACAUUGCAAUGAAUCGUGGGACAGGGUAUGGUUACAGUAGCAGUCGUUUAAUGCAACAGCAGCAACGACAACAACAACAACAACAAUUACAACAGCAACAGCAACAACAUAUACAAGGACAAGAUGCAAGUGAAAAAGCAAGUGAUUUAGUAGAACGUCUGAGAAAUAUGAGCAUCAAUUAA